AACUUCUUCAUUUUUUGGUUUCCUGUAUUUCGUGUUCUCGGCGGCGUUGAACUGCGAUGGGUGCGGAGGCGGAUCUGAAGCAGGAGAGGGGGAGCGGGGAAGAAGCUCUUGCGCCGCGUCCCAUGACGCAGGCCCAAUUCCUCUCCUGGAAACGCCAAAAGGAUGCUGAAGCGUCGGCGAGAAAAGCUGAAGCAGCUCAGAAACGUGCCGAAGAUAUUGCUGCUGGAACAGCGCAAAUGAACGGCCGUGAGCUUUUCAUCCACGAGCCGUGGGUGUUCGACAACGAUCGUUAUUGAUGCGGCUGAUGUAAGAAAAAAAAUCAAAUAUAAGGUGAAUCUGAUUGAAAGAGUGCGAUUUGUGUGAAUUCGUUAUUUUCUACGUAGUGUACUUUUCGCAAAUGUUGUUUAUCAUCUCUAGAGAACUAGUUGCAUCUCAAAUUCUUCAGGAGGAUGUGUGGAAUCAGCACUUUUUACUUCUAGUCUAAGCUGUUCUACUUGGUUGAUUACUCGUUUCAUAAUUUUGCA